AUGGACAAAUUCAGAAAUUCUUUCAACAACAGAUCACAAAAAAACGACCCAGAGAUCGAGCCUGAAGAAAAGCAAAUCCUGCUUCACGAAAACCAUUCCACCAUUGAUCAACUUCCAUCAGUUAGUGCUGUUACAACUAUGUCUUCGUCUCCGCCGCUUCCGGAUUCCGGUGAGCGCCAGAGAGACAUGAGAAAGAUUACAAACGGCAAUGUCGCUGGUAGUAAAGAAGCAGAGCUAGCAGCAUACAAGCUCAACACUGUUAUCGACCAGCAAAACCCUAACACGGUUUGGCGAGAUUUGAGUUACGAUUUCUCGAACGACGGUAAUAAAUUUGAUUUCUUAACAUCUGACUCGCCGUCACCGCAACAGUCACCGGCGUUAUCGAGAAUAGCCGAGAGCCCAAAUAACUACGGUAUGCUCACUCCCAAGGAAGUUAGGGUUUCGUUUCAUGAUGAGGUGAUUGAGCCGCAAUCGUUACGGCAGAGGUCCAUUGGUAGUGGCCGCGGUGGUGGUGGAGAAGAAGUAGUGACGUGCUCCGGGAAUGCUUCGUUUAAGAGGAAACCGAGCUUGAUGAGGACGAAAACGAAGUCUAGGCUAAUGGAUCCACCUGAGACAGAUCAGAGGUCUGGUAAGCUAUCGAAAUCUGGAAUUUUAAUGAAAGGUGGCAGUGAAAUCGAUGAAGAUGAUCCAUUUUUGGACGAUGAUCUACCCGAUGAGUAUAAGCAGUUAAGGUAUAGUAAAUGGACUUUACUUCAGCUAUUCAGUUUAAUCACCAUUCUUGCUGCUUUAAUUUGUUCCCUCACAAUUCCUUUUUUCAAGAACAAGGAGAUCUUUGAUCUUGUAUUGUGGAAAUGGGGGGUUAUGAUUUUAGUUUUGAUCAGUGGAAGAUUGCUUUCAGGGUGUGGGAUUAGGGUUCUUGUAAUCUUGAUAGAAAGAAACUUUUUACUUCGAAAAAAAGUUUUAUACUUCGUGUAUGGAUUACGAAAAGCUGUUCAAAAUUGCGUUUGGUUAACUUUAGUUCUAAUCGCUUGGCUAUUAAUAUUCGAUCAGAAAGUUGAACGAUUUACAGAUGGGAAGGUUUUACAUUAUGUGACAAAGAUUUGGAUAUGUCUUUUAGUGGGGACAAUCGUUUGGCUAUUGAAAACAUUGUUAGUCAAAGUUCUUGCAUCCUCUUUCCAUGUGAGCACGUUUUUUGAUCGGAUUCAAGAAUCUUUAUUCAAUCAAUAUGUAAUCGAAACCCUUUCGGGCCCACCAUUGAUUGAGAUCCAACAAGAACGCGAAGAGGAAGAUCGGAUGAUCUCAGAGGUCCAAAAACUUCAAAACGCUGGUGCCACUUUGCCACCCGAUCUUAAGGCGAAUAUGUUCAAGAAAAGUGGGAGGUUUAUAGGAACUCCAAGAACUCCCAUGGCGGGAAAAAGUGGUAAAUUUUCCGAAGUUAACACCCCUAAGAACGUUGAAGAGGGGAUCACAAUCGAUCACUUACAUAGGCUAAAUCAAAAGAAUAUAUCGGCUUGGAAUAUGAAAAGAUUAAUGAAUAUCGUUAGAACAGGAGUUUUGUCUACUUUAGAUGAACAACUUGAGGGGUCAAGAGGUGAUGAAGACGAGUCUGCAGUGCAGAUCACAAACGAAAAACAAGCCAAAAUUGCAGCCAAGAAAAUAUUCUGUAAUGUCGCUAAGCGAGGCUCCAAGCGUAUUUAUCUAGUGGAUUUGAUGCGAUUUCUGAGAGAGGAUGAAGCGCUAAAGGCAAUCCGACUAUUUGAUAGUGAAAGUGAAACCAAAGGAAUCAGCAAGGCACUUCUCAAGAAUUGGGUGGUUAAUGUAUUCAGAGAACGAAGAGCUCUUGCAUUGUCUCUCAAUGACACAAAAACAGCUGUAAACAAACUCCAUCAAAUGUUCAAUAUUGCUGUUGCGAUCAUAAUAAUCGUGAUCUGGGUUCUUAUACUCAAAGUUGCCACCACACAUUUCUUCAUAUUCCUAAGUUCACAACUCCUUUUGGUUGUGUUUGUGUUUGGUAACACGUGCAAGACGACAUUCGAAGCCAUUAUUUUCUUGUUCGUAAUGCAUCCGUUUGAUGUCGGUGAUCGAUGUGAGGUCGAUAGUGUUCAGAUGAUAGUUGAGGAGAUGAAUAUAUUGACUACGGUUUUCUUGAGAUACGAUAACCAGAAAAUUAUAUAUCCAAACAGUGUCUUGGCUAUGAAACCCAUUGCCAAUUACUAUCGUAGUCCGGAUAUGCAAGAUGCUGUUGAGUUCUGUAUACAUGUAUCAACUCCUAGUGAAAAGAUUGGUCUCAUGAAGGAGAGGAUUUUAAGUUACAUUGAGAACAAAAGCGAUCAUUGGUAUCCGGCACCUAUAAUAUGCUUGAGGGACAUAGAGGACAUGAACCGGUUAAAAAUAUCGAUAUGGCCAUCACAUCGUAUGAACUUCCAAGACAUGGGUGAAAGAUGGCAACGAAGAGCUCUUUUAGUUGAGGAAAUGAUUAAAGUCUUCAGAGACCUCGAUAUCGAAUACCGUAAAUUGCCUGUUGAUAUGAAUGUUCGUAAUAUGCCGAAUGUGACAUCGAAUCGGCUUCCAUCCACAUGGACUACUUUGGCAAAUUGAGAUAUCUCAAGUGAAGUAAUUUCACCUUUUUGGUUACAUGGUGCGAUAAUUGAUAUUUCUUGGAGGCCUUUUUUUUUAUUUUGUAAUGAUUUGUUUUUGUUAUAUUUGAUAUUAAGUGAAAAUGAAAAACUAGAGAA